CACCCGUCAGGUCGCUAGUCACGGACUCGGUGAUGGAGAGGGAUCAGGCGUGUCGGGAGAAGCUUCUCUCCCAUCUUCUUAUGUCCUUUUAAGGGUUAUAGACAAUGGAGAACACGAGUGGGAGGAUGGUGGAGGAAAAAAACAGAUGCGAUGAGGGAAGUUUACGCGCGCGCGCGUGUGUGUGUGUGUGUGUGUGUGUGCAGGGUCUGACGCCUCCUUGAGCAUGUUAUAAUACAGAUCAGCUGAGAUAUAUAAAAGCGACAGCUUUAGUUUCGUGGAUCGGCCUAAAGAGAAAAGUGCGGUCUCUAAAGCACCUGUAUCUGAAGUGUGAGCAUCCGAACACAAAGGUACUCCUCCGGCAUGCUGUCCCCGGGUGCUCCCAUGUCUCGGUCCACGCGCACUCAGCAGCACCAGCAGCGCUCUUUCCGCCUGCGCUGGUUCUCGGUGCUGAUCGCGACGCUGCUCAUCCUGUCCACAAGCACCACCUGUGCGCAAUGCACCACGGUCGAGCAAGACCUGCACAUCGUUCACAACGUCGACAACAGAAGCCCUGAGAUCGACCCGUUCUGGUAUGUGGGUCGCGGCGUGAGACCCAUCGGUCGCUUCGGGAAGCGCGAGAGUGACGCACCGUUACAGCACGCGCUCCUCCUACUGCUGCUCAGCGCGCUCAGAAACACCGAGAGCGCGCGCAGCGACGCUUCCUCCCCAAACACGGACUAUUACCCAGAAGUGCACAAAUCGUAUAUUUGAACCGAUAGAGAAACAUGUUAGUUAUUAUUACUAGAAGGAAGACCAGCAACUAAUUCCACUUGAGUUAAGGUAGCUUAUUGAAGUACUAGUACCACACUGUACUUUAUCAUCAAAAGGUAAAGGAAAAAUGACAUGCAUCACCACUGGUGUACAGUACAUCAAACGAAUGAAUUUACAGGAGGCAUACAUAUACAAUAAGUAUACGUGAAUUUUCUGUCCAAAGACUACAUACCAGUAUAUGAAAAGUACAUUAAAUACAUGUAAGUAUUUUAAAGGUCUUUUAAAAGUGUAAUAAAAGUUCAGUACUACUACAAAAUGUGGAUAAGUACAGAGAGGGACCUGUGCUCAAUGUCUCUCUAUUAUCGAUUAGGAUUUAUACUUUUUCUGGCUCCUAACAACAGAUUUAAUUAUUAUUUAUUUAUUUAUUUUUAAAUAUCUAAUACCAUAAUUUUUUUUCAUUUUAUCUCAGUUGCUGUGUUUUCACUUCCAGUUUUAUUUAUUGCUUGAAUGUAUGUGCAUAUGCAUAAAUGCGAUCUAUAUUCCUAAUUAAAUGAGUAAACACA